UCUUCUAUCCACACAAAUCAAAGUUUCUAUUUUAUAAUCAGCAGCUUAGCAUUUGUAAGCGUCUCUGGGAAAAUCCAGAGCCAUGGCUGGAAUAUGGUGGCUGAUUAUGUUAUUUCCCAUGUUAUUAAUUGCCCCCAUUAGAGCAGAUCCAGAAACCAGACAGUUAGCCUACGGAUGCAGCCCUGUCCCCAAUGGCAACGCCACACUCUUUGCGCAAAAUUUGAAGGAGGCUCUCGAUUAUGUGGUGGAAAAUGUUGUUCCAUCUGGAUUUGCUCAAAAAAAUGUGGUGGGAGCAUCAGAUCUGGUGGAUUCAGUAUAUGCAGUGGCGCAGUGUAGAAAGGAUAAGUCCGUUGCUGAUUGCACUAAGUGCAUCAAAGUAGCAAGAAAACAAGCUGCCAACUGUACCAGCGUUACCGGCGGCAGGGCAAUCUAUGACGGAUGUUUUGUGCGUUUCGAGAACAAUAAUUUUUACAAUUCGUACACUGAUGAAGGAAAUAAACAAGUGUGCGGUGGUGCCAACGCGAGCUCUUCCAAUUCAUUUUCGGCAACUGUUCGAAGUUUGAUGAGCGAUCUUUGCGCUGCAACUCCGCAAAUAAAAGAUUAUUUUGCUGCGCAUACGAGACAAGGGCCGUCUAAUACCACAGUCUAUGGACUUGCCUCGUGUAUACGUUCCCUUCAGAAGGAUUCCUGCCAAAAGUGCCUCGCUAUUGCCAAGGACAACAUAAAUAAGUGUAUUCCUCGCUCCGAGGGAAGGGGUGUAGACGCCGGCUGCUACUUGCGAUACGAUUCCAAACCUUUUUAUCCAAGCAAUGUGACUAUCGACUUGAAACAUUUCUUACCCGGAGGCAAGAAGAAGGUGAGUUCUACAGCAUGGAUAAUAAUUGGUGUUGUGGGAGGAGUAUUCAUACUUGGCCUUAUAACUUGUCUCCUCCUCUUCAGGAAGCAGAUAAUGCCCCCAAGCCAGAAACAAGUGGAUACUGAAGGAGCAACAGAACUUCGUGGGCCGGGAGAUUUUGACUUCAAGAUUCUGAAAAAGGCAACCAACAAUUUUGAUGAAGCGAAUAAACUUGGAGAAGGAGGGUUUGGUCAAGUAUUCAAGGGUACGUUGAAAAAUGGCAACAUUGUGGCCAUAAAGAAACUAACAUUAGGUCGCUCUCCCCGCGCAAUUGCUGAAUUCGAAAGCGAGGUGAAACUCAUUUCUAAUGUUCAUCACAAAAAUCUUGUGCGUUUACUUGGAUGUUGCAGACAAGGCCAAGAAAGGCUCUUGGUGUAUGAGUACAUGCCCAACAGCAGCCUCGACAGAAUAAUAUUUGGAGAACAUAAAAAGCCUUUGAGUUGGAAAGAAAGGUUCAACAUUAUCCUGGGCACUGCUCGAGGUUUGGCUUAUCUUCAUGAGGAAUUCCAUGUCUGUAUCAUCCAUCGUGAUAUUAAAUCCAGCAACAUAUUACUUGACGAAAACUUCCAGGCAAAAAUAGCAGAUUUUGGGCUGGCUAGACUUCUUCCACAUGAUAAAAGUCAUCUUAGCACAAAAUUUGCAGGAACCUUAGGAUACACGGCUCCUGAAUAUGCUAGCCAUGGACAAUUAACAGAGAAAGCUGACACCUACAGCUUUGGUGUGGUGGUUCUUGAAAUUGUCAGUGGCAGAAAAAGCAUAGACUUGAAUCAGCCACCUGAUAUGCAAUAUUUGCUAGAAUGGGUUUGGAGCCUACACGAAGAAAACAAGGUUUUAGAGAUGGUGGAAAGCGAAGAGAAGAUGGAAGGGUAUAAUGAAGAAGAAGUGGUGAGGGUGAUAAACCUUGCGCUUAUGUGCAUACAAGGUUCUGCCACUCAUAGGCCAUCAAUGUCUGAGGUUGUGACAAUACUGUUAAGUAAAGCUGAGAUUGAUUUUCAGAAACCCCUGCAGCCAGCAUUCGUAGACGUGGGAUACAAAGUACGUGGCUCAUCUCAAUCAAAUGCUACUAUUACAGAAUCUCUUAAUGCUCGUUAGUAAUGGUUAUGGUUAUUUCUCUUGUUUCAAUGGACACAUGGAAAGUAGCAAGGAAGGAUGGAUUGUUAAGUUCUAGCUAAUUAUAUAGUUACCUCUUACUUUCAGAUAGGGUUGAAAUAUUAUAAUAUAUAAUUUUCCUUUCCAUCUUUAAAUGAAACCAUGAAAACUUUCAAAAGAGAUGUGUAUCUCAUUCAAAUUUGUGAAUUUAUAUGUUAUAAAAAUGUUGUAUAUCAACUAUAUUUUAUAUAUUUUAUAGUUGAGGGGUGAACUUAUUUAAUGUAUUUUAAAUUUGGAAGAUA